UGUAGAAGAAAAAGACCCAGUAGUGUUAUACUGGGAGCAACGUGUCCCGAUCAGGCUUUCCAUCUAAUUUUACUAAAUUCACAACGAAGGAUGCGGGAAUGUUAGUUGCUCCCGUGUUUUAAUAGUAGUUUUUUUAUACGUUGUACCUGUGCGGUGCCCUUUGAUCAGCCAAACAAAGCGAGCCCAGGUUUUAUUUUAGCCGUUUUUCUCCAGUAUCCGUUAAAAAAAAGGACACUUUCUGGACCUAAUGUUGUUGUGAGUUCAAAGCAGCCUUCUGUAAAGCUACAGCUUAAGAUGAAUCUCCAGUUUCUUUUGAUAGCAGUUUUGGCAGCGGUCCUCAGAGGCAGCUUGGCUCAGCAAGAUGCCAGCAGCUGCAUCAAGGCGAACGCACAGUCAUGUGGGGAAUGCAUCCAAGUCUCCGAGACAUGCGGGUGGUGCUCUGAUGAAAAUUUCCUCACGAUUGGUUCUCCCAAGUCAGCCCGUUGUGACGACCUGGAGUCCCUGAAGGAAAGAAAAUGUAAACAAAUUGAAAACCCGCGUGGAAGCAUCACCGUCGACAAGGACAGACCAGUCACGGUUCGCAAGGACAGGACUGAGAAACUGAAACCUGAGCAGAUCACCCAGAUCCAGCCUCAGAAACUCACCCUGAAACUCCGAUCUGGUGAGCCGCAGACCUUUAAGCUGAAAUUCAAGCGUGCUGAGGACUACCCCAUUGACCUGUAUUACCUGAUGGACCUCUCAUACUCUAUGAAGGACGACUUGGAAAAUGUUAAGAACCUUGGCACCGACCUAAUGAGGGAAAUGCAGGACAUCACCACAGACUUCAGGAUUGGUUUUGGGUCUUUCGUUGAGAAGACAGUCAUGCCCUACAUCAGCACAACCCCGGCCAGGCUGCUGAACCCGUGCUCCGGCCACAACUGCACCAGCCCCUUCAGCUACAAGAACGUCCUAAAGCUCACCAAAAACGGAGACGAAUUCAACCAGCUUGUGAGCCAGCAGCAGAUCUCUGGCAACCUGGACUCCCCAGAGGGGGGGUUUGACGCCAUCAUGCAGGUGGCAGUGUGCGAGAAGCAGAUCGGCUGGAGGAACGUCACCCGUCUGCUGGUGUUCUCCACUGACGCGGGUUUCCACUUCGCAGGAGACGGGAAACUGGGUGGGAUCGUCCUGCCCAACGACGGGAAGUGUCACCUGGAGAACAACAUGUACACCAUGAGCCACUACUAUGAUUACCCGUCCAUCGCUCAUCUGGUUCAGAAACUAAGCGAAAACAACAUCCAGACGAUCUUUGCGGUAACUGAGGAGUUCCAGUCGGUUUAUAAGGAGCUCAAAAACCUAAUUCCCAAGUCAGCUGUUGGAAUGCUGUCCUCCAAUUCCAGCAACGUGAUCAAACUCAUCAUCGAUGCCUACAACUCAUUAUCUUCUGAAGUCACUCUUGAAAACGGGAAGCUGCCAGAUGGAGUUGCUAUUUCCUAUAAGUCCUUCUGCAAGAACAACGUGGUCGGAACAGACGAGAACGGCAGGAAAUGCUCCAACAUCUCCAUCGGAGACGAGGUCUUUUUCCAGAUUACUGUAACAUCGGAAAAAUGCCCAUCUACUGGGAAGCAGGAAUCCUUUAAAAUCAAACCUCAGGGCUUCCAAGAGGAGGUAGAAAUAGUUCUGGAUUUCAUCUGUGAUUGUGAAUGUGCUGCGAAGGGAGAGACCAACAGUAAGAAGUGCUCCAAAGGCAAUGGCACCUUUGAGUGCGGCGCCUGCAAGUGUAACGAGGGUCGCAUCGGCCUGGAGUGCGAGUGCAGCAAAGACGACGUCCGAACCGACGACCUGGACGCCAGCUGCCGAAAGGACAACGGCACCGACAUCUGCAGCAACAAUGGCGACUGCGUCUGCGGUACCUGCGAGUGCAGGAAGCGGGCCAAUCCUGCAGAGGUUUACAGCGGCCAGUACUGCGAAUGUGACAACUUCAACUGCGACCGUUUCAACAACAAGCUCUGUGGAGGUAACGGGCGCUGCGAGUGCAGAAAGUGCAUCUGUGAUGCCAACUACACGGGCAAUGCCUGCGAGUGCCCGAUGGAUACCUCAACCUGCCUCGCCAAAAACGGACAGGUCUGCAAUGGGCGCGGCAAAUGUGAAUGCGGGACCUGCAUGUGCACCGACACCAAAUUUCAGGGCCCCACCUGCGAAGUCUGUCCUACCUGUCCGGGUGUUUGCCCAGAGCACAAGGAUUGUGUGCAGUGCCUGACCUUCCAAAGUGGUGAGAAGAAGGACACCUGUAGUGAGGACUGCAAGAAGAUCCUCCUCAAAAAGGUACCAGAGAGGGACAACCUACCUCAGCCUAAUGACCAGUCCUUCCCACUCACCUUCUGCAAGGAGAGGGACGAGAAUGACUGCUGGUUCUACUUCACCCUCGCUGUCAGGGACGACAUCAAGGAGGUCCAUGUCGUGGAAAAGCCUGAGUGCCCAGCUGGUCCUGACAUCAUCCCCAUCGUGGCGGGUGUUGUCGCUGGCAUUGUGAUGAUCGGCCUUGCGCUCCUGCUCAUCUGGAAGCUCCUCAUGAUCAUUCAUGACCGCAGAGAGUUUGCCAAGUUUGAGAAGGAGAAGAUGAACGCCAUCUGGGACACGGGUGAGAAUCCCAUCUACAAAAGCGCUGUCACAACUGUGGUUAACCCGAAGUACGAGGGGAAAUGAUUGAGCUUCUCUCUCCUUUGUGACGACACUGUACAUGAGGAGGAAAAUGGCCGAGGGAAGGAAGCCGAGGGGAUCGAGCAGGGGGGGGUUUUAUACAACAAUGUUCACUGUUUGUCGUCGUAGUGGCCAAAUGAUAGAUGCAUCCUACCACUGUUUUUCAUAACUUGUUUUGAUUUUCUUUGCUUUAUCUUUGUAAAAAGUCUGGAUUUUAGAAAGAAUGUUUUUUUUUUAAUGGAAAAGCUAAGGGGUGCCUUUACCUUUUACUGAACCCUCCUCUGGAGGGUUGCUCUGUUCAGUGGGAGGGAAUCAAUCCGUCACCGGGAAAAGAAUCAAAUAUUUUAAGAUGGAUCUGCCGUCUGACUAAAGGUCAGAGGAAUAAGGAGUUUGUUUUUAAACCUGCAUGUAUGAAAUGAAAUGUGUACAGUCUGUUUGGGGCUCUAUGUAAAGCCAUAUAUGAAUCUAAAA